AAAAUCUGAGAGCGAAUGACAAGAAUUGCUUGCUGUUCUUCUUUUGUAAAUACCAGUUCCAGUAAGUCUCUUCUCCAAACUCUUGCUUGGCUUUAUGUUAACUACUUAUGCAAGCUGGUAGAAGAAACUAAUUGUGACUUGAAUUUGUUAUCUGAAAAUAUGGGCAGUCAUUGUAUGGGCAUGUAUGUUGUUGCAUUUUUGCUUGUUUUUGCCUCUGAGCCUAUAACUGAUGAGUAUUUUGGGAUGGUGGGAUUCUAGUUAGCUAGGAUGACAGUUUCUAUUCUUUACUCCAAAUUGCAUCUAAAGCAAAAUGCCUUCAGAUCUAGUUAGUCUACUAAAUAUAUGCAUCCACUAAAGUCGAGUUGAGCACAUUCUUUGAGUAUUGGGAAUCUGACCAGCUCAAGUUCAUUUAGAAAGUAGAAAUGAUCACUCAGUGUAAAGCUCAUUUUGAUGGGUAACAUAGGUUCAUACUACUUGGUUCCUUGCAUUUGUACAACUGUACUUAUCGAUUUGGCUCUAAAACAAAACUAUUGUGUGUUUUCUUUUGGGCGGGGCCAAGAGUGAAGGCUGGUUCUAAAUCUAAGAGGUGGAUGAAAUGUUGGGAGCAUACUGGGCAUAUGCUUGCAGUGCAUACUGUGCCUGAGUUAGCUAUGACGAGAAAAUCUAUCUAAAAUAUCUUGCUGAGGUGCAACAGUAUCUUCCCAAGGUGAUCCAAUGGCAAGGUGAGCCAGUGAUCACCCUUCAGUUGCAUGAUUUUUGUUUAAUCUUGGCAUUUAUCCAGGUGUUAGCCAUUUUUCUUGGAAUAUUUGUGUGUUCAUUAAGUUUGUAGUGAGUACAAAUUAUUUGCCUCCAACCAUAUGUAUUAGGGCGCUGACCUAGGGUCCUGAAUGAUCUUUCUUGAAGUCCAAUGAUAUCUCUAAGUAUGUUUUUGUAGUCGAACGUUUGCUUAUCGGACGAGGUAUAUUGAGGCCUUUGUUGUUAGGUGCCAACAUGGCUAAUGGAUCGUUCCAUCUUUGUAACUGCAUGCUUUCCUCAAGCCUCUCUCACUGAGUUAAUCUAUGAGAAAUAUAGUCUACAUAUGGUUAGAGGUUUUGUCCAUAGUUCUCAUCUAAACAACUUAGAAAUUGUAUAUUGUUGAGUCUCCUAAUACUUAUUGAGUUUUGAGUGUGAGCUUACAAUCCUAUUCAACAUAAUCUCCACUAUUUCAAUUAAGCAUAAAAUGAUAACUAAAUACUCAUUCCAAAUUGAAAUCAAAUGAGUAAAAUACUAUUAUAUGGUUUGAUUUUCUUUAAGGUUGCCAGUUAUUCUGUAACUUCCAAAUCUUGAUAAGUGCAAACCUUUUUCGACAGGUUUCUCAAUACUUCAGAGGCACUUUUGAAGUUCAGGAAGCUCCUUCUCAUAGAAUUGACCACAUAGUUUUAUUAGGUAGCUCCAUUUUUUUGUUUAGGAAUUAGUUAGCUCCAUUUAGUCACUCUGGAACAAGGACAAAAUUCUUGAUGGAACUGGUCAGAGACAGAACGUUGAUCUGGUUUGAGGAAGGAUAUUGGAAGAGGACGAGAGGAGAAAGAAGUUUCGAUGAUACUUCGGGUAGCAUUACAAUUUAUAAUAAUACAAUAUCGACAAUUAUCAAUAAAUUGUCUUUACUUGUUGGAGUGCUUGUAUAGUGUUGCUUCUCAUUAAUUGUAUCCUCGUUAUAUUAAAAUGGGCCAAUAUGUAGGUAUAAUAAAAUGUCUUCACAAGCAUCAAAUAUAUAGUAUAAUAAAAUUGUUUAAAUAAUAUUUGUAAAUGUCGCCAAUAAAUUAUAUAGUGAUUUUUUGUGUCAACAUAAAUGUCGGAAAUUGAGAUACUGAGACUUUUAUGUGUCACAACAUUUGGUUGAAUUUAACAAUGAUAAUUAAUUUUUUUAAUAUUAAGCGAUGCUAGAAAAUUAAGGUGAUGGUUAUAAAUGUCGAUAUAAAGAUAUGUAGCAACAUUGAAACAUGUCGGAAUACAUGUCGAAAAAUGUGGAUGCCAACGUUUUUAGUAAAUGUCGUAAAGUUUAUAGAGACAAUUUGAUAUGUCGUAAAAUGUAGAUAUGGAUUGUUUAUUGUAAAUGUUGCAAGAUUCUACAGUCACAUUUUCAUAUGUCAAAAUAAAAUGUCGGAAGAUAUAUGUACCAACACUUUUUGUAAAUGUCGCAUGGUUCUACAGUCACAUUUUCAUCUGUCGAUAUAAAAUGUUGGAAGAUAUGUGUACCAACACUUUUUGUAAAUGUCGCAAGGUUUUAUAGUAACAUUUUCAUAUGUCAAAAUAAAACGUCGGAAGAUAUAUGUACCGACAUUUUCUGUAGGUGUCGCAAGGUUCUACAGUCACAUUUUCAUAUGUCUAAAUGAAAUGUCGGAAGAUAUAUGUGCCAACAUUUUCUGUAGAUGUCACAAGGUUCUAUAGUCACAUUUUCAUAUGUCGAAAUACAUGUCGGAUAAUGUAGGUACCGACAUUUUUUGUAGAUGUCGCAGUAACUUUAAGCGACAAAAUAAAAAACGACAUUUCGAUACAAUUAGCCGUCAUUUUUUUGUAAAUGUCGGCGCAAAACUAAACCGACAUUUUGACAUCUUUAAGCGACAUUUGAAAAUAACGCCAUAAGCUGUUUUUUUUUUUUUUUUUUGUAGUGUCGUUCGAUCCUAUUUUGAUUUGACUUUAGAUUUUGGACGGAGUCAACUGAUGACCUUAAUCAUGAAACUGAUAUACCUAUGCAUCAAAUAAAUUUCUUCGUCCUUAAUCAUAUACCUAUGCAUCAAACCAAUUUCUUCCUUGAAUUAAGCUAAGACCAGCUGGCCAUUUCUUUGAGUAGUACAAAAAAAACUCUCCUUCGCUCGUACUUGUAUCCUUCCUUCCAUAUCAUCUCUACAAUCCAACACGACCAAGUACUGCUCCGCCAUUCGUUUGGAUAUAGUAAAUGGGUUAACGAGAGAUUUGGGUCCUAUCUCUUAUUAAGAAAACUAGCUUAUAACCCGACUCGUUGGUCGGAGGUAGUUGACCCGAUUAUUGAUAUGGACGUAAUAAUGCUCUUGGAUCAUGUAUAUUGUGAGGGUAGCAUCUCAUUAGCCACUUUUCAUUAGUUGGUAAUGGAAUAGGGAAUAAGUGACGUGAAUUUGUUUCGAUGUUUAGGAUACCAAAGAAAACUGCAAAAAUGAGACCUACUUUGAGUUAAUUAAACUGAACAUCUAGCAAAUAUUCAUUGUAUCUACCAGACAGAUGAGGACAACACUUCAAUUCGAACUGAAUAAGAGGUUUCCAUGAUUAGGAAACCCCCUUAUAGUUGCGAAAGUAAUUAGAAGAAAGAUUAAAAUUUGGAAGUGAAAAGAAAUACAAAUUUAAUUAUUCAAAUUGAGAUGGAGACUAAAAUAUUGGUGAGAAUCCAAAUGUAGCUUGUUUGCAAAAUAUAUAGGCAUGAAACACAUUUAAGAGGAAGAAAACAUAGUAUAUAUGUCCUUCUGGUUUGUUUUAUCUUCUCACCAUAGUUAACAUUCGCAUGAAAAAAAGGAAUGAUAAUAAAACUAUCAUGUUUUCUUUUGGAGUGAUUGAAAGAUGUUAAACACAUACAAUCUUUGACAAUAACAACAUGACCAUCAAUGUUGUCAUUACUUCCAUCCCAUGUAGUGAUGACCUAGGUGGGAAUCCAUGGGUGGUCAUAGAUUGGAAAUAGGAAUACACACUCUAGAUAUCAGCCUGUGCUAAAAGAUAAAGUGGUAAGAAUGGUAAAAAAGGGUUAUAGGUAUAAUAUGUUCCUCUAUCAUGUAGUUUUAUCAAACAUGCCACUCUACUAUUUUUUACAUCAACCAUACCCUAUGCUUUGGAAAAUUAUCAAACAUGAGCUAUGUUAAAAAUUCCGUGAGCCGUUGGAAGUCCGAUUAGCCACGGUUGGAACAAAAUCUAUCCCUGAUUUUGCGGGAUUAUUGGGAAAUUAUAGCUUUACCCGAUUUCACCGGAGACAUAAGGAGACCACCCGUAACUGUUUAGUCAGGGGGAAGAGUCCGUCUCCGCGUCGAAUUCACACCCGGCCUACAAUCCUUCCCUUGCGAGAUACUCGGGUAGGGGGGAAAGGAGUUGUAUUUAAUUCCUUCCUGAAGGGGAGCUUAGACCUAACUUUCUUCCACCAAAGAAGAGGCGAUAGCUCUCCUGUUACCCUGUUGCCUCCGAAGCUCGUUGCAAAGGAAAGCCCAGGUACGGAGGAAAGGCGGGACUCGGCGACGUCGUCGAUAAUUCCUACUGUUUCUACCAAUCCCCCUGUGGCGCAACUUUCUUCUCUUCUGGGACAGAACCUUCUGAUAUCAAUAGAAGGGCUGCUAGGGGGUGCGGAGACGCAUACUAACUUGUUUGGUGCGUCUUUUUGGCAGGAACAGAGGAGGAUGAAAAACGUUGCUGACGAACAAGUAGUCCAGUUCUCCUUGGAAGAGGUACAAUCAGCCAGGUUUCGGGCCUCUCGUACCAUCUUGGGGAGGCUGUUUACCAAGGAGCGGAUGACGACUAUGGAAUUGCGGGAGGAGCUACUCGAUGCUUGGAAACUCCGUGGUCAUCUCAAAGUCUCGAAUACCAAAUUUGGACUGUAUGAGAUUGUCUUGCCAAAUGAAGAAGCAAAGAAGUGGGCGUUGGCACGUACCCCUUGGAUUAUCAAGGAUAAGUUGCUCACCCUCCGCGUCUGGUCGCCGACAAUCUCCGAGCAGCAGUUUGAGGGGAUGUCGAGGGUGCUGUUCAGGAUACAACUCUGGGGAGUGCGAAAUGAUUGUCGCACAAGGCUGUUUGGUCAAAAAUUCAUAUCUGCUACUAUUGGCCAAGUUCUUGAGUCAAGACUUUUUUCCUCGACUGAGACAACAGAACAUUUUAUCAAAGUGCGGGCUAUGGUGGACUUUGCUAAGCCACUUCGAUCCCAAUUGAUGGCGGUUAGCGAAGAAACCGAUCGAUUCUGGGUGAGCCUCAAGUAUGAAUUUCUACCCAGCUUCUGUUUCCACUGUGGUCGGGUAGGCCAUGCUCGAAGGGACUGUGAUUUCAAUCCGCCAAAAGGAAGGGAACGAUUCGGCCCCCAUAUGGCAACCAAGAAAGUGGGUCGUCAAAUUUAUGAUGAGGAUGAUCAGUCUAUGACAGCAGGGGGAUCGAGGAGUUCCGUUUGGGUCAAUCGCCAAAAACCAGGCAGGGAAACCGAAACAGGGCCGAAGCCCUCCACUGUCAAUGAGGAGUUGGAUCGGGCCCACCCAGCGAACAAGCUUCGGGCCCAGAAUGAUGGGCCUACCUCUAAAAGCCUGGGGAGAGAGGAUCGAGCUGUGGAUGAGAUGCUCGCACAUAGGGAGCUGGAGCGGUCCCCUGCCCGCCGCCAUAGCCCCAAGGGCUUUGCUAUGAAUCGACCACCUAAGUUGCAAAUUGGUGGGAAGGGAGGAAAGCAAAAGCGGAAGGGUAUGAUCAAGGAGAUGGCAAAACCGGGAGCCCGCGGCAAGCUGGGCGGGGAAGGGUAUCAUACUCAGCAACCGUCUCGGCUGAAACCGCACCCCUCAGCGGUCGAGAUGCAGGCAGAGACGGUGGAGGCUUCCCGGCGUAGGCGGCUCAUACUGGAGGACGAUUCAGACGAUGACAUGAUCGCUCCGUCCCGGAUAACUGCCUGUGAAAGCCCGAUCCAACCGUCUAAUGAGUUGGUGCCGCCUGUGGUCUCCGCUAAGGACCUGGCUCCUAUACCCGAUAUUCCAAAGCAGGGAAAGAAACUCCGGCUGAGGCGUCGCACACAGCGGCAGUGGAAGAGCAGGUUGUAGGGGAGGGAGGUGCGCGGGUCUCGGACAAGCGUUGAGAGGCUAGAAAACACAGGCCGGCUCAGGGUCUGCUUGGAGAUGAAGGGCAAGCCCAGGGUAGUGCAAAAACUAUUCUAAACCCGAUGUCACCUGCCCGUGCAGCGUCUAUUGAAAAUGACAAGGCGAUGACAGCAGGGAGGGUCGCGGCUGCCACGCUGGAUGAUACUUUGGCUUAUGAGGCGAGUGCCUCGGAGGAGUCAGGGAUGGAUGUGGACAAUCAAUGUUUUGAAAUAAG